CCGCCCAAACUCUCAAGGGUGGCGCCUGAUAGCCAUCCCAUCAGCCAACCAUUCGUCCCUCUGGAUUGCUGGUGUGGGGUGAGCCUUUUUGCCAACGGUGGUCGGACGAGCCCCGACUGGCUUGCCCCCUCCGGGGAAGGAAGCCGCGUGGCACAGUGGAACUCUCGCGGAAGACGCCUCGCGCCUUCCGACUGGUCCGCGGGUGUCUUCCUGCCAAACCAAGUGGAUCUUUGGAAGAAGCAAAUUGGUAACGCUCUUGAGAGGAUGUUUGAGGUUACUGCCGAUACGCAGACUCCACUACCGUGGGACGUGUAA